GAAAAAUUUCACCUUUUCGACAGGUUCCGGUCAAUACCGCCAAUGUUUUGUAUACAAAUUUAACAGCUGACAUUUCUUAAGCUCAUUCGGUGGAUCUGGUCAGAAUCGAAGACACAUUGAAAGGUUUUCACACGAGGAGCCUUCGAAGGUUUUGUGUUGCAGGUGAUUUGGUUCAAUAUUUUGGCAGCUUUGGGGAAAGUUUUCUUCAAUUCUUUCUGUUGUAUUCUGAGUUCAACUUCUCAUCAGAAAAACUUUCGUGGGUAUGUGAAGAUUUUCUUAUAUAUGGUGGAAAUUGGGAUAUAAUAGCUGUUUUCUUAAGGAAAAUUGAAUUGGGUUGGUGCCAAAUCGUGAAAGUUAGAAGCUUUUGUGUGGUUUUGCGUGAUGAAGCUGUUCUAGGGUUUUGGUUAUGAGAGGUUUAGGCAUUGAUGAAAUGAGAAGGAUAUUAAACGUUUGGAAUGACAAUUCAACAACAAAUAGGUCUUAUGAGGACAAGCCGUUUCAUUGUUUUGGUUAUUCUGCUAUGUGCUUCAACAUCAAUAAGCUCAGAGAAGAGGAAAAUCACAGAGGAAGUGUUUCUCAGUCAACUUGUUGAUCCAGCAACUGGAAAGAUUGAUGGGGACAUGGCACAGCUGUUAUGGAUAAGUUGCCAGGUGGAUUUGGUCCAUUUGACAGAAGCUAUUGAACAUCUUCACUUAUGGUUAGAAGAGGAAACAUCUGGUGGCACAGAUGAAAUUAGUUCAAAAAGACAGUCAUCAGGAAAAGAAAGAUUUCAGAAGCUUAUUAGUGUCCUGCAUCCUGAGGUGAAACAAACUCUUUCAGAUUGUUUAAGGCAUGGUCUCCUAUCCCGUGUCUCUGGAGAAGAGGGUGCCUCUAAGAUAUGGUAUACCAAGUAUAUUGAGUCCCUAUUUCCCAGGCCUUAUGUUCCAAGAAGGAAUUUGGGCAGUGAAUUGCGUCGGAGCUCUGCUGAGGUACCUUCUCCAGCCCCUGCAGCAGGAUCUCCUCAACUCAGUCCAGUACCAUCCGCUGCUCCAACACCUUCCACUUCUCAAACUCCUAGGUCUAGGCGCCCUGCUGCAUCAUUUUUUCCUUCCAAUUCCAAAAAUUCGACUGUGCAAGCUUCAGAGCCAGUAAAUGGACAGGAAGUUAAAGGACAAGAUGAUCGUAAAAAAAUUGUCAUUGCUGUUGUUGUUACUGCAUCAGUGACUCUUGUUGUUGCAGCAGUGCUCUUUUUAUGCUGUACUAAAAUCUGUAGGACUGGGAAAAAAGAUGGACAAAAUGAUGAGAGGCCCCUCCUUAGCCUGAGUUUAACUGAUUCUAGUGGUUCUUCGUACAAGUCUCACGUUUUGGGAAAUUCAAUGAAAGAAGAGAAGCUUGACCAUCAAUCGUUGGAAUUAGGAUCCACUGGAGGUGCUUCCAAAUUUGAUACAUCCAGCAACAACAAUGGACUGGUACCACCUCCUCCUGGAAGGCCUCCUACUGGACUGCCUACUCUAAAGCCCCCUCCUGGCAGAGCAAAUCCUCUCCCUCCUGAACCACCUUCUUCUUUUAAGCCUCCUCCCCCCCCACCUCCUCCAAAGAUUGGUGUUCCUCCUCCUCGGCCACCUCAAUCGAUGCCUAUUGGUUCAAAGGUAGCUCGACCUCCACCUCUUGCACCAAAACAUCCAUCAAAUGCUGCUUCUGGUGAGGUAGGUGGAUCUGAUGCUGAAGGUGAUGCUGCUAAAACCAAGCUGAAGCCAUUUUUUUGGGAUAAGGUUCUAGCAAACCCUGAUCAUUCAAUGGUUUGGCAUCAGAUUAAAUCAGGAUCUUUCCAGUUCGAUGAAAAUAUGAUUGAAACUCUGUUUGGGUAUAACGCUGCUGAGAAAAACAAAAAUGAACGCAAGAAAGAAUCUACAUUCCAAGAUCCUUCGCCCCAUUUCAUUCAAAUUAUUAAUCCCAAAAAGGCACAAAAUCUAUCAAUUCUUUUGCGGGCACUGAAUGUCACCGUAGAAGAAGUCUGUGAUGCAAUUCGUGAAGGAAAUGAGCUUCCCUCAGAAUUCCUACAAACUUUGCUGAAGAUGGCACCAACACAAGAAGAAGAACUAAAGCUUAGACUGUUCAAUGGUCAACGUUCUCAACUUGGGCCUGCUGAGCGGUUCCUAAAAGCCUUGAUUGAGAUUCCAUUUGCUUUUAAGCGAUUGGAAGCAUUACUUUUUAUGUGCACUCUUCAGGAGGAGGUCACCACCCUUAAGGAGUCCUUCGCAACCUUAGAGGUUGCUUGUAAGGAACUAAGAAGCAGCCGGCUUUUCCUCAAGCUUUUAGAAGCUGUUCUUAAAACUGGCAAUCGCAUGAAUGAUGGAACAUUUCGUGGUGGUGCACAAGCAUUCAAACUUGACACGCUCUUGAAAUUAUCUGAUGUAAAAGGAAUAGAUGGCAAGACAACCCUUUUGCACUUUGUUGUUCAGGAAAUAAUCCGCUCUGAGGGUGUCAGAGCUGCUCGUGCAGCAAAAGAGAGCAGGAGUUUCUCUAGCAUCAAAUCAGAUGAUCUCCUUGAGGAAACUUCCCAGGAAACCGAAGAGCACUUUCGCAGUCUUGGUCUUCAGAAAGUUUCAGGUUUAAGCAAUGAACUUGAGAAUGUCAAAAAAGCGUCCGUUUUGGAUGCUGAAAACUUAACAGGAACUGUUACUAAACUUGGUCAUGCACUCGUAAAAACCAGAGACUUCCUGAACUCAGACAUGAAAAAUUCAGGGGAAGAUAGUGAGUUCCAUGAAACACUGAAGAGUUUUGUACAGAAUGCUGAGGUUGAUAUCACAGGUCUCCUCGAGGAAGAAAAGAGAAUCAUGGCUCUGGUGAAGAGCACUGGUGAUUACUUCCAUGGGAAAGCAGGGAAGGAUGAGGGUUUAAGAUUGUUUGUUAUUGUUCGGGAUUUUUUACUAAUCAUAGAUAAGGCAUGCAGAGAGGUAAGAUUGGCACCGAAAAAGUCAACAAAUGUUCAAAAAAAGGAAGCACCUUCCUCUGAUCUCCGUCAGCCUCCUACAACACCAUCUGCCUCCAAUCUUCGCCAGCCUCCUUCUCCUGAUCUCCAUAAGCGGCUUUUCCCGGCAAUCCAAGAUCGACGAAUGGAUAAUUCUAGCUCAGAUGAUGAAAGUUAAUAGAUUUCAUUUCGAGAAGGUGGCCAUCACAGAAUCUCAACAACAAAAUGCCUGCUCGGUUCUUUUCUAGAUGUCAUCUGUGGCCAAUGAUUUCACAGAAGGAUUAGUGAAAAAGGAGUUGGAAUUUCACUAGAUAAAACCUACGGUCACUUUUGAAGGCACCUCUGAUGAUGUUCCACCUCCAUUCAUGGCUGGCUGUGUGCAUCAAUGUCUCCCUGCUAAUCGGGCGGACGACAUGAUUAGUGUUGUACAAAGCCAAUACCAUACAGAAUUGUGCCUGCUCGUCCUAUUCAAAAGGCGUACAUUUCCUUGAGUGGUGGAGUGCCUUCAUUGUUAUUUGGUGUCCUGUUGAGAAUGAAAUUAUUAGAAAACAAUACUAUUGCCUUAAAAAACCACAACAUGCGCAGGAGCUAUUUAGAUAUAGUGAUUCUUUUUUUCUUUCCACCUAUGAUUCUUUGUUAUAUUUUUGUUCAUAAUUUUGACCUUUUUGGAGUAGAGGUGUAGCAAGGUAGUUUGAGAUCUAUAGAAUUGUUCAUCUUAUUGCCAGGAA